AUUUUGCUCUUGCCCAAAAAAAAUAUAUAUAUAUUUUGCUCGUCUCACUCACUGUUCUUUGCUUUUGAUUAGAGCCAGAGCUAGGGAUAAAAAUGGCGGAGAUUAGUCAGGGCGAAGAAGUUCCUCCGAAUAUGACUUUAUACAUCAACAAUCUCAACGAGAAGAUCAAAAUUGACCAGUUGAAGAAAUCAUUGCACGCUGUGUUUUCACAAUUUGGGAAGAUACUGGAUGUGCUAGCAUUCAAGACGCUGAAACACAAAGGUCAAGCUUGGGUUAUUUUCGAGGAAGUUAACUCCGCUGCCAAUGCUCUUAGGCGAAUGCAGGGAUUUCCCUUUUACGACAAGGAAAUGAGAAUACAAUACGCAAAGACUAAAUCAGAUAUAAUAGCAAAAGCAGAUGGUACUUUUGUUCCCCGAGAGAAGCGAAAGAGGCAUGAGGACAAGGGAGGGAAAAAACGAAAAGAGCAACUUGAUCCUAAUCAAGCAGCAGCGGGUUUGAAUCCAGCUUAUCCGGGUGCUUAUGGUGCAACACCUCCUCUAUCACAAAUACCCUAUCUGGGCGCUAGACCAAUUGUUCCAGAAGCGCCAGCACCACCAAAUAACAUUCUGUUUGUUCAGAAUCUUCCUCAUGAUACAACCACGAUGAUGCUGCAAAUGCUCUUCAACCAAUACCCUGGUUUAAAGGACGUUAGGAUGGUGGAAACAAAACCAGGUAUAGCCUUUGUGGAGUAUGAAAACGAGAUGCAAUCAACAGUGGCAAUGCAGGCACUACAAGGUUUCAAGAUACAGCAAAACCAGAUGUUGAUUACCUAUGCAAAGAAGUAGAUGGGAAAGCCGAAAAUGCCCAAGUCCUUUUUGUUGCCAUCUACUUGAGAAGAAGGCCUUGUUUAUGGGUGGUCAAUUAGAUGCCCUCAAAUCUAAUAGCUAUUUUGUGGUAUAUUCUCUUGAACUAGAGCUUCAGAAGUGUUAUUGUAGAUUGUAGUCCAGAUAUGUACCUUGUGCUACAAUUUUUCAUUUAGUACUAGUCUUUUUUUGAAAAAAUUAGUUGAUUUAUGCUUACCUGCUUAUUACUUUGUGCUAAUAUGAGUAGAAACAUUGAGGAUGCUAUUUGGUUUUAAAAUUUUAUGCCAAA